CGGGCCCCUCACGGGCCCUGGCGGGCGGGUCCCCCCGGCCGGGCACGCCCGCCCUCCGUCCCCAGGCAGCGCCGCCUCCGCGGGGCUGUGCAGCGGCACUCGGCCAUGCAGCUGCGGGGCGCGCUGCCGCCGGCGCGGCUCCUGCUCGCGCUUUGCGUCUGGAGGCUGGUGCCGCGCCGGGAGGCCGCAGGCACAGAUGAAGUGGUCUUUGGGCAGGUGGGAGGAAACAUCCUCCUUUUAUGCCGCAACGUGUCCAAGGAAGCCACCGAGGUGGUCUGGUUCCAAGGGGACCCGCACGCCUUCCCACCUCUCUUCUCCUCGAGGGUCUCCUUCCCCCCGGACAUUCGCUUUUCCCUGGUGGACAACAGCUCCCUGAGCAUCACCGAGCUGCGUGUGCAGGACGAGGGCAACUACACCUGCAGGGAAGUGCUGAACAAGACGGACCAUGAGCACAGGGUGCAGCUCCUGGUGGCCAAUCCACCACAGGCAACCCCAAAGUGCUGGGCUGAGACCUCGUCGGGGCAGAUGCUGCAGCUGUUCUGCAGCUGGCCCGGGGGGUACCCCCACCCCACCCUGCACUGGAGAGAGGAGGGGCAGGAUUUGGAGAACUCCAGCUGGGUCAUCAGCUCCACCAGCUCCUCGGACACCCACGUGGAGACACUGAACAGCUCCCACCUCUCCCACAGAAAAGUUUUCAAGUGUGUGGGCAGCCACGUGGUGAAGCAGGAGCAGCCUGCCUGCACUGUGGAGAUCAAGCUCCCCUCCCUGGAAUCUGAUCCCCCGCAGACCUGCUUUGUGGGUGACAACGUGACCCUGACCUGCCGGGUGACCGAGAGCACGCCGGCAGCUCGGCUCAGCUGGCUAAGGGACAUCGCCCAGCCCGAGGAGGAGAUCCAGCCCGGGGGGAGAUUCCUCAUCUCCCAGGAGGGCAACGUGUCCCGGCUCACCAUCCAGAACUGCUCCCAGGGCACUGAUGGCGGCUGCUACGUCUGCAAGGCCCAGAACCCCGUGGGACUCAGGGAGCUCUUUGUGUGCCUUACGGUGAAAGAGCCAGUGAACAUCGUUGGGGUCGUGGGGGCUGUGGUGGCCCUGUCCCUCCUGACUGUCCUCACUGUCACCGGGGUUGUGUUGUACUACAAUCCCCUCCUGUGCUUCAGAGCUUGCUCUGCUGUUCCCAGGAAUGCAGACUCAGGGGAUGUCUUGGUGCUGGUGGACUCUGAAGAUGACGAGGAGGGGAAGGGGUCUGAGGAGGCCCUGAGCAGCUGCAGCGAGCACGAGGCCAUGGCGCUGGUCGGUGGGAGCAGAGCCCAGGCUGCUCACCUGAACCACCUCACAGGAGGUGACGAUGAUGAGCUCCAUGACGGGGUGUCUCCGCAGGAAGUGAGAAGAGACACGAGGCUCAUAGCUUCUGUCCCUCCUUGAGGAAGCACAUGGAGCUCCAGCUGGAAUCCAGCAUCAAGCAGGCCCUCAUUGUGUGUGGCUGAGCGCAGGCUGUCAGUGUCCUGUCCCAGGAUACUUCAGGCAGAGCCUUCCCACCUCUCUCUCCAUCUGCCCCUUCCACAGUUUCACUUGGUCCUUCCCCAGCCAUGUUUCUCCAUUUCUUCUCUCCUCUUCCAUUUUCCUCCUUGUUUUGGGUGUCCCUAAAACAAGGUUGACACCCAGCACAGGCAGAACAUGGGAACACCCCCUCACUUUGAUGCCUGUGACAGACUCAAAUUCCCGUGUGGGAUUCUGGCUCAGUCCCCUGAGCAACUCUGGGGUGGGAGAAAGUCACCAGGGGGCCACAGUGGUCCUGGGCAAGGGAAGAAACAAGGGCUGUGUGGGCAGGACAUGGGUGACACUGACUCUGGGGAGGCUGAAUUGUUUGUAUUAUAAAUAUUUUUCCCCUAUUCCUUCUGCAGUAUUGCUCUGUGUCCAAGUCAGGAGUUAACAAGUGUGGGUGUAGGGUAAUGGGGACGUGAGCACACAUAUGGGGGCACAAAGGGGACCUGACAGCACACAGGGGAUCCCAGGGGAUCUGAUGGGUCAUGCAGUGUUAAGGAAGCACUCCUGGGACACGCAGAGAGAGGCAGGUUUGCGCUGUGGGUGAGGUCAGGUGGUCUGAGCAUCCGUGCAGUGUCAGGACAGUGUGAGCUGGAGCAGGCUGAAGGGCAC